CUCUCGACCGCGCGGCAAAAGCCAAAAAAAGGCGCUGUACGGGUGCACGCAUCCUCAGCGGCAAGGAGCAGACCACCACAGUCCAAACGCUUCGCAGCACCAGCCGUUUCACUACUCACAGCGAUGCUCCGCCGCGAGCCCACGCGCAUCGAGAUGAAGUCCGAGGACCUGGAAGAGUUCGACCGCUUCCAAGCCCAGCAAAAGAAGGCGGCCAAGGAAGAGGCGGGCGCACCGGAGAGCAAGCAGGACGACCGCAAGGCCGCGCGCGAAGGCCGCAUCGGGCUGCGCUCCGACUCGCCCAACUACUAGAUGCGGCGCGUGCUCGUGUCCUGUGUGAUUAUGGCGGCGCUCGCGCUCGUGCCGCCCUCGGUGCAGCUCGGCGCACUGCGGCGCGGCGAGCGACUCGCAUCGAUGCCGUCUUCCACAAAACCGGCCCCGAAGAACCGACGCAAGAAAAGAAAACCGGCCCAGAAGAAGAAGCGCGGCGCGCGGCCGCGCGGCAACGUCGCGAACGUCCACUGGCGGGCGAUCCCGGCGCGCGCCCUGCGCUCUCACCCCCUCUAUCUCGGCCUGCCCCCGGCGCGCGACGUCUGCGGCGAAGGCGGCGCGGACCUCGGCCGCGCGGCGCUGUUCCGCCAGGACGCGUGGCGCUGGGACGCGCUCCACGCGGGGCGCCUCACGGGCUCGCGCGUCGCCGCCGUGUGCGGCCUCCUGGAGAGCGAUGCGGCAAACACGCUGCGCAUCCCCAAGAGCCUGGCCGGCCACGGCAGAGCGCUUAGAGCGGCGUCGCACCUCCGCGAGCGACCGGAUGCUAGUCUCCUAGCAGAGGUCUUCCGCGACGGCGACUACGACGACGACGAGGACGCCGGCGAGUGGUGCGCCGAUGCCGACUCGGCCUACGCCUACGACUGGGCCGGAUCGCCGGAUAGGGGCGGGCGCCGCUGCGGCGACGCCAUGGCGGCGCGGCUGGCCUGGGGCAAGACGCAGGAGGGCAUCGGCAUGCUCGCCGCCGUCAAUGCCCUUGAGGGGUCGGUCGCCGAGACCGGCUUGCUCUGCGCGGAAGCGCCCGGCGCCGUCGACCGCCUCGCGGAGCGCUGGCCGGUCAAACCGCGCACAAUAAGGCCGGCUCCGCGUAAAUGCCCCGUCGGCGCGAGCCCCGACGGCCUUAUAAUAUAUGACGACGGCGCCCUCGACGUCCUGGAGAUCAAGUCCGUUGCGCCCUUCGUGCGCGGCUCGGGCAACAAGACGAUGGAGCUCUACGACCGCGGGCCCCACGACAACCUGGCGCCCUGGAUCGUGCCCCACCGUGCAUAAAUCAAAUGUGGUCGCGGCACGUCUCUGCCACUGCUGAAUCAUGUCUGGGUCCAUUCACUGGUUGAUUUGUGCACAGGUGCCCCAGGUCAUGCUCGAGAUCUACUGCGCCGGGGCGCGUGGGGCUAUCCUCGUUUCGACCUCAGCGACGCGCGGCGCUGUUUUCAUGCGCGUCGAGCGCGACGAGGCCUACAUCGCGUCGAUGCUCGAGUUCGUCGACAGCUUCUACGAGCGGUUCUGCGACCCGACAGCGCCUGAGGACCCCGGGCCGUGUUUCAACGGCGGCGCGGCCUUCGACGCGUUCGUGGCGCGCACUGGUGAAAUUGCGCGGGCGGCGACGGUCGUCGAGCGCGUGGAAAGCCUCCAGCGGGCGCCACCAGGGGAUAGGUUCUUCCUGGAUUAACUCUUUGCCUGUGAUGCGACCCGCACCUCCCAGCUUUGAGCCGGCUAGCCGUGAGAGAGCAUGUUAAAAGGAGUGCGCAGGGAGUGCCGUGCGCGGCGUGUCGCCCACGCAUGGAACCUCACGCAACAUAAAUAAGCGUCCAUCGCUGCCCCUCGUAAAGCGGCGCUGCCCCAUAGAAACAAAAACAUGUCCACAACAGCACUCGCGGCCCUCGUCGCGGACGCUGCGUCGGCGGCCCACGGCGAGGCCCGCCGCAUGGCCUACGGUAUGCUCGCGAACAGCGUCGAGGCCACGAAGGAGGCGUCGGUCCAGUUCGCGGCGGACGCGCGCUGCGUUGACGUGUGCUUGCGCGGCCUCGAGGCGGGCGACGAGGCCAUUCGCGUCGCGGCCGCGAAGUGCGUCAAGGCGGCGGCCAAGCGCGCGCCGGCGUUCCGCGGCGCGCUCGCGAAGAAAGGGGGCAUCGCGCCGCUCGUGGCCAUGGCCGAGACUGGGUCAGUGGAGGCGGCGAUGCGUGCCGCCUGGGCCCUGGCGAACCUCGCCGUGGAUUCCGCGGCGAACAAGACGGCGAUCCGCGAGGGCCGCGGCCUGGCGGCGCUCGUCAAUUUGCUGCGGCGGCAGCGCGCGGCCUCGCCGCUGGCCGCCAGCUCGCUCCGCAAUUACGAGGGCGAGGCGCUCCGCGAGCGCGCGGCCCAGGGCCUGGACGCCCUCUGCCAGGGCGACGCGAAGAACCAGGAGGCCGUCGUCCUGGCGGGCGGCGCGGAGCCCCUGGUCAGGCUGCUUCGUGACUCAAAAGCGACCCAGAUGGCGCGUUUACGUGCUGCAUUUGCCACGUAUCGCCUCGCGACGUCGCCAGCGAACUGGCGCGCCCUUGGCGAGGCCGGUGCGCCGGAGGCGCUGGCGGCCGCAGUCGACGACCACCUGCGGGACGGGCCGUCGGGCCCGCGCGGGUUGCACGACGACGACGGCGCGGUGGCCGCCGCCGCCGCAUUAGCGCUGCUUCCGCCGAAGUCCGGGGGCGAAGAGGCGGAAACCUGGGCGACCCAAGCCGUCUGCGAGCAUUUGAACAAGAAGCUCGACGACGACAAGGCGGGGCGGGCGAUGCGGCUGCGAGAUUUCACGCUGGCCGCGCGUGCUCUCAGUGGAAGAGCGUCCGCGGGAGAAAGGGCGGAAGCCUUUGCGAAAGCGGCGGCGCCGGCGCUGGUGCGGUGCCUCCUGCGGGACGGAUGGCGCACGGGCGGGCCUGGUGGCGAGUCGCCGGAGGCGUACCGGUUGUUAUGCUUGGGGGACUGCGCGGAGUCGGUCCUCCAGCUCGCGUGCGUCGGCGACAACACGGCGUCGAUCCUACGCACGGCGGGCGCCGUCGCGGCGCUCGAGAAACUUAAGGGAGAGACGGACGGCCGGUUGCGAGAAGCGGUGCGGGGCGCCGAGCACCACCUCGCCCUCGGCUUGAUACGAUCGAACUCGCCGAUCAAGUCGCACUCCUCGAAGCGCUACGACGUCUUCCUUUCGCACAAACAGACGGACGCCAAGGACUUUGCGCGCGCGCUGCACACGAUGCUUACAUUACGGCGGUACAAGGCUUUUCUGGAUAUGGAGUUCGACGGGUCCCUGGACACGCUCCAGGAGUACGUGGCGUCCUCGAGCGUCUUCGCCUUCAUCCUGUCCGAGAAUGUAUUGGAUAGCCCGUGGUGCGUCGCCGAGCUCACGGCGGCGGUCGAUAGCGGCGUGCCUGUGGUGGUCGUAAAGAAAGAAGGCUCGCGAUGGCGCGACCCGAACACGGGCAGCCUAUCGCUCACGUUCCCGGGGCCGGACGUCCUGAAGAAGCUGCCGGCGCGCGUGCAGCAGGUGUUUCAAAUAAAAAUCGUCGAGCACUCGGACGUCUACUACGCGCCCUUCAUCGACAAAUUUUUUGAUAGAUUAGAGGAGGCGGGCCUGCCGCCGGCCGAGGACCCCUACGCGCUGACGACGGAGGAACUGGAGGGGUUGGAGAGAGGCGGCCGGCCGCGCCUGCGGCACAUGCUUUCCAUGAUGGACGGCCGGCGGCCGUCGCUGGACGGGCGGUCGUCGCUGGACCGGCGGUCCUUCGACGAGGACGGCUCGCAGCCGACGAGCCCCGCGUCCGCCGCCGCGCGCCGGCUCGAUCCUCUUGAUGAGGUUACCUCUGCCACGACGGCGGAGACGCUGACCGUCCAGUUAGAUAGGAGGACGCUCUACGUCCUCGCGGCGAUCGGCGCGGGCGCGGCCGUCUUUGCCUCGAUCGGGACGGCCGUCGCGGUCCUCCUCCUCGUGCCCCGAUGACGGCACUUCCUCCGAACCAUCCAUUCGACUCUCUGUAUGCCUUAAUUGAUAUUCU